AGAAAAAAAAGUACAUGUUUUUGGCCAAUUUAGCCAAUCUUCCAUUUUUCAUAUUUUUCUCGAGUACAAUUGAUCGGAUAGCUGAUGUUGGUUAUUUAGUUUGUAUACUUGUAUAGAUUUUCAUACUUAUCUCAACGAUUACAUUUUCAAUCAUCGAGGAAAAAUUUGGCGAAGUACUGGUUAGAACUUUGAAAGGGUAAAAUUUCAAAGCUGCUGUUAUUUCACAUAUCAAAUGAAGCCAAAACUUCUGCUGAAAUACAGCCAAACUUUGCACCUUCUCAAGUAGGUGAAGGUGCCAGUCAGCAAAUAGAGCCGCAAAGCUUGCAGCUUUCAAAUUAGCAUAUAGACAAUAUUCCUCUGAUCAACUCCUAUGCAGUGCAGUUCUAGUAACAUCUACCUUAUACCACCGCUAUUCUACAUCCUGGAUUCUUGUAACAUGCUUUCUCGUACUCAAGGUUGUUUCUCCUAAACAAGAGUUAAGGAGAGGCGAUAACAUGAAUCAACGACAGGGUCCUUAAUAAUGGAUGAAAAAUCUACCGCGAAUUUUCCUGAGAGUGCUGAAGGUAGUAGUAGCAGUGGCAGCAGCGACAGCAAUAGAAAUAUUGUAGCACCCGUGGAAAUCUUGAAUAACAGACUGGACGUACUUGAACAAGAAGCUGAAAACAUGAAGAAGAUGUUGCUUGUUUCCAUGAAUGAGAGGAGAAAGACUAUCACUGAGAUUCUGCAGCUGUUCCAGACUCUAUGCAGACAUUUAUAUGGUUCAGAAGCCAAGCAUCCCCUCAGUUUUCACGAGCAGGAGACAAGGCACCAGAAUAUCGGUCUACUACAAGUUUUGUGUGAAGAUUCCAAUCCAUUCCUGGUCUUGCGGAAUUCUACCAAGACAAGUAGCCUUUGCUAGUUUUAUAAGAAAUAGUGUGUUGAAGCUACAUGAUUCUAGAUGGUUAUAAUAUGUACUCUUCCACUUCGAGUCAUUACAUUAUCUACUUUCUAGAACUUAGGCGUUUCAAAAUCAUAUACUUAUGUUUUCAAACUCGAGUUGAUUAUAUGUUCCUGUCAAGUGCUUUGAUCAACAUCCUGCUAACGACAAAUCUCAAGCAUUUGGGUAUUUGGGGUGGCGCCGACGCUAUGG